CAGGGACCUUAGGCCCGGGCCUUUUCCUGUCAAGAUGGCGGCGCCCAGCCCUCGCGGCGUCUGGGUAGUGGGAGGUUAAGCUCAGUAACUUCAGAGCUAUGCUGUGCCCGCGCUGCUGACUUCGAAAAAGCCCGGUGAACGCUGGUUCUGGGUCCCAGCCAUGAAGUGGUACCUGGAUUCCUGGUGGAUCUUCCCUCCUCUCAGUUAAGCCUUUCUGGAAACACCCUUCCAGACGGGGUCAGCUGGUGUCUCCCAGGUCAUUCCAUAGCACAUCCAGCUGAGAGUGAAGGCUGGCCUUGAAAUUCCCAGCAAGCCUAGGAUGACCUUGAACUUCUCAUCUUCCUGCUCACCUUCCUAGUGCUAGGAUUACAGAAUUGUGAGGAGCUUCUAUAAUGGUCUGUUUGGCCUUCAUCAGAGCUGCCUGUGCGCACACCUACCUGGUAAGGAAGGUCAGUCAUGUUUGCAGAUGCCAUCAGCAUCGGGCUUGGGGCUCAAGGCCUGCCACGUCACAGUUUGCUGCCCAAGGCGCUCCCAGCGGUGUGGUGGAGCUACUGGGGAAAUCCUAUCCUCAGGAUGACUAUAGCAACCUCACCCCAAAGGUCCUUUCCAAGGUGGGCAGGAACCUGCACAACCAGCAGUUCCACCCUCUGUGGCUGAUCAAGGAGCGGGUGAAGGAGCACUUCUACCAGCAGUAUAUGCGGCGAUCCAGGACCCCUCUGUUCUCUGUCUAUGACCAGCUGCCCCCCGUGGUCACUACCUGGCAGAACUUUGACAGCCUGCUAAUCCCAGCAGACCACCCCAGCAGGAAGAGGGGGGACAACUAUUACUUGAAUCGGGAGCACAUGCUGAGAGCACACACGUCAGCACACCAGUGGGACUUGCUGCAUGCGGGACUUAAUGCCUUCCUUGUGGUGGGUGAUGUGUACCGCCGUGACCAGAUCGAUUCCCAGCACUACCCAGUUUUCCACCAGCUGGAGGGGGUCCGGCUCUUCUCCAAACAUGAGUUAUUUGCUGGUGUAAAGGAUGGAGAAAGUUUGGAGCUCUUUGAAGAAAGUUCUCGCUCAGCUCAUAAGCAAGAGACACACACCAUGGAGGCUGUGAAGCUAGUGGAGUUUGACCUUAAACAAGUACUGACCAGGCUUAUGACACAUCUUUUUGGAGAUGGUCUGGAGGUCCGGUGGGUGGACUGCUACUUUCCCUUUACCCAUCCAUCCUUCGAAAUGGAGAUCAACUUCCAUGGAGAAUGGCUUGAAGUCCUUGGCUGUGGGGUGAUGGAACAGCAGCUUGUCAAUUCAGCUGGUGCUCACGAUCGAAUUGGCUGGGCUUUUGGCCUGGGGUUAGAAAGACUGGCUAUGAUCCUCUACGACAUCCCUGACAUCCGCCUCUUCUGGAGUAAGGAGGAGCGCUUCCUGAAGCAGUUCCGCCUGUCCGACAUCAAUCAGAGGGUCAAGUUUCAGCCUCUUAGCAAGUACCCUGCUGUGUUCAAUGACAUUUCAUUCUGGCUGCCCUCUGAGAAUUACACGGAGAAUGAUUUCUAUGACAUGGUCCGAACAGUCGGAGGAGACCUGGUGGAAAAGGUUGAUCUUAUAGACAAGUUUGAACAUCCAAAGACACACAGGACCAGCCACUGCUACCGCAUCACCUACCGCCACAUGGAACGGACACUGUCCCAAAAAGAAGUCCGUAGUGUCCACCAAGCUGUGCAGGAGGCCGCUGUGCAGCUGCUGGGCGUGGAGGGCCGUUUUUGAUGACAUGGCUUUACCCAGGCUGUAGCCCUCAUGGAGCUCCAGGACUCGCUGGAGAUGGGGAAACACAUUGUUUAUGAACUGGAGUGUCUGUCAUUGUUUGACAAAUGGGUCUGCUUUGGGACUUUCAGGAAAUAAAGGAUCACUUUGGAGAAGCA